GACGGCCGCUUCCCGCCCCCGAGCCGGAGCCGGUGCGGAGCGGAGCGGAGCCGGCUGAGCGGGCGCCGAGCUCCCGCCAUGGCCCGCAACACAUUGUCGUCGCGCUUCCGCCGGGUGGACAUCGACGAGUUUGACGAGAACAAAUUCGUGGACGAGCAGGAGGAGGCGGCGGCGGCUGCGGGAGAGCCAGGCCCGGAUCCUAGCGAGGUGGACGGACUUCUGCGGCAAGGGGACAUGCUUCGGGCAUUCCAUGCGGCCUUGAGGAACUCUCCAAUCAACACCAAGAAUCAAGCUGUAAAGGAGCGAGCCCAGGGUGUGGUGCUGAAAGUGCUCACAAACUUUAAGAGCAGUGAGAUUGAACAGGCUGUGCAGUCACUGGACAGAAACGGCAUCGACUUGUUAAUGAAGUACAUUUACAAAGGGUUUGAGAAACCCACAGAAAAUAGCAGUGCAAUGUUACUUCAGUGGCAUGAAAAGGCCUUAGCUGUGGGAGGACUAGGCUCCAUUAUAAGAGUUCUUACAGCAAGAAAGACUGUUUAAAAAAAAAAAAAAAAGACUCAUGUUACCUUGAGAAGAAUUUUGGAUAUCCAGGCUGACGAAGAAGGGACUGACAAUGGACUAUCUUCCUAGGAACUCCCAACUAAUUAUUUCAGGACACAUAUCUGCUGAAAUGUAUUUUAUUUACAAGGUGGAGGGAGAAUUGUCUUGUUUCCUAAACCCUUUGCAGGAUCUGAGUCUCUGUCUUUGUCUACAAAGUAAUGUAGAACUGAUACUUGACUGUCCACAGAGUGACUGGCAAGUGUCCGUCAGGUGUAUCUGUGUGCACUGGCUGUUUAGAAUGGGGAGGGACUUUUUGGGCAGAUGCAGAUCCAAGGGCUGUGGUGGAAGGUAGAGCUUGGUUUUUGAAGUGGGAAAAACACCCGAGAGUUUGUACAGACAGCCUGUCUUUCCAGAGAAGACAGGCUCUCUUGGGCUCAUUGUAAAGUGCCUGCUGCAUCAAUAAAGCUCUUGGCUUCUUAGUAUA